CAGUCAUUGUAUUUCUACCUAUCUUUUCACAACAUUUAUAAAAAAAGAUAAAAAAAAACAAACAAAUGAUGUGAGAAGGGAAACCCAUGCCGUUCCUGGGCCUGUUUGUUGUUGGUUUGGAUUCUUUGCCCAGAUAAGAGUUUGGACCGAGUCAUCUUGGGCUUUUUAUCCCCACUCACCGGUAUGGCGAACUGCGAACCUUGUUUCCCAUACCCCAGAAUCCCAGCGACUGGACUGAACUACAAAUAAAGCAAACUGUUAAAAAUUCAAAAAAAGCUGGCUAAGGUCUUAAUCUUAAUCAACCAAAAAAAGGAUAAUCACUCUCCGCCAUGGAUGCGACAGCAUCAAUCGAUAAUCCACCAAUUCCCAAAGCGGACAAAAUGAAAAAUUCCCCGUCAAUCCCCAUUACCAUUUCCCCCAAUCGCCACUCUCCUCUCUCUCUUUAUAAUCCCCUCCUCUUAAAUCAACGUCACGACCCACAAAAAUCACACAGCAAUCUUCCAGCAGCGAAAAUGCCUUUAAAUUGCUGGAGCUUGGCCUCCAGAGCCCCACGCUUCCAAUUCCUCGGGCAAACGACCGACACCUUACGACACCGAAGAUACCCGCAUACCCAGUUCAAUCCUUGUUAUCGGGUCAAGCCGAAAACGACCCACCACCACCACAGCUACUGCUCCCUUCACUCCUCGGUCUCCACUUCCAAAUUGGGUCACGACCAGGGGAGAUUUUCCUCGUCGACGACGAUGGAGGACGGCGGGAACUACGUCCGUGGUGGGUUUCCGGCGGUGACUGGCGAAAGUUACACCAAGGAAUUGGAGGUUGCCGUCAGAGCUGUGCAGAUGGCUUGCUCUCUCUGCCAGAAGGUGCAGCAGAAAUUGAUCUCCAAAUCCCAGGAUCAGGUCCAGGCAAAGGAGGAUAAUUCUCCGGUCACCGUUGCAGACUGGAGCGUCCAAGCUAUAGUGAGCUGGAUACUGUGCGAGACACUAGGGAGAAGUAACGUCUCGAUCAUCGCCGAAGAAGACGUCCAAUCCCUCUCCAAAACCAGAGCAGCAGGGCUGCUGGAGACUGUAGUCCAGACAGUGAACUCAUGCUUAGCUGAAGCGCCAUUGUUUGGGUUUCAACCUCCUGAAGCCCCCCUCGACGCCCUGCAAGUCCUCGAAGCCAUCAGCCGUUGCAGCUCAACCAUGCCACCGUCAUCCAAAUUUUGGGCGCUUGACCCUGUUGAUGGCACGCUGGGAUUUGUACGUGGAGAUCAGUAUGCUGUUGCUUUGUCACUGAUUGAUCAUGGGGAAGUCGUGCUCGGAGUCCUCGGCUGCCCCAAUUACCCCAUGAGGAAAGAGUGGCUGAGCUACCACCACCGCUACCAUAGAAUCGUGUCGAGGCUGACUCCAUCUGCCGAGGCUUCUUGGGACAAGGGGUGUGUGAUCUAUGCGAGAAAGGGCAGCGGCGAGGCCUGGAUGCAGCCUUUAGUGCAGGAAGGUAAGAAUUUGGUGUGGCCGAACUCUGCUAGAAGGGUGAGAGUUUCAGCCGUUGAUAAUCCUGAGAUGGCCACGUUUUGUGAACCUGUUGAGAAGGCCAAUUCCAGCCACUCCUUCACUGCUGGACUUGCUCACAGCGUUGGUCUCAGGAAGCAGCCAUUGAGAGUGUACAGCAUGGUGAAGUAUGCAACCAUAGCUCGCGGGGAUGCAGAGGUGUUCAUGAAGUUUGCGCGAACUGGCUACAAGGAGAAGAUAUGGGACCAUGCGGCAGGCGUCGUCAUUGUACAGGAGGCAGGAGGGGUGGUGACUGAUGCCGGCGGCCGGCCGCUGGACUUCUCAGGUGGUCUCUACUUACAAGGGCUCGACCGUGGGAUCAUCGCCUCAGCUGGAGCUGAACUGCAUGAAAGGAUCAUCAAAGCUGUUGAUGCUAGCUGGAACUCAUCCAGCCUGUGAAAUAAAAUGUGUAAACUAGAGCGUGUGUGUGUGUUUUUUGUGUUCAUACAACUUCUUGGAAGGCAGUAAAAGGAUGAAAAGAAGGAAGUCGAUUCCAGCUUCAGACUUCUGAAUGUUAAUAAAGGAAUGCUAUAUAAUUACCGUGGUGAGGGGAAAAAGCUUUUUGAUGAUGUUCCAGCAGCAGCAUGCCAUAUUUUGAGUUAAUUGGGCCGGAAGAGGCCCACUCCGUUAGCAGCAGUAGGUAGUUUCUUCAUAAUACCACAUUGCUUGUUCUGGCUAUUUUGCUGUUCUUUAUAUUACUGAAGCGUGAGUUUACUCGACACGACCUUACUUGAACAGGAUCUGUUCUAUAGGCUCGUACCUCUGUGUCCUUUAGCACUAAGGAGACAGGAAACCAAAUCUGGUGGAUGAACUAUGGCCACAUGAUCAGAGCGUGAUUGACGGCCGAGAUUGUCUUCGGAUGAUCCACGCUGUAGAUGAUCGUUCCUGGUUUGCUUAGGUGGCCUGGAUGGUCAUGUGGCUUUCUGACAGACUCCUAUUCUUUUUGGCCUUCUAGUUUACUAUGUUGGGCCGACUUUAGUCUAUGUGAAAAAGGACUGGUCCAGGUAUUCGUUGGGCUAAGCGAACGCAUUGGAUCUGUUUGGGUGGGCCUUUGUUGAACAAACAAACUCAUCAGCUUGGUCCCUCACAUUAUCAUUCCAGGUCGAACCCCAAUAGAGAGUUGCUGUAAAUAUAUACAUGAAAAUGAUUGAAGAUUUAAUCAAAUUAUAAUUGGGAUAGAUAAACUAACAAUUCUCGAAAUUAAAAAUUUGAACUAUCUUUGAGAAAUAUUUUGGAAACUGAUGGUAGUUAUUCGAUAUGAUCUAAUAUAAAAUACAAUGGCGAUAAAUGUUUGAAUUAUCUAAUAGAAGUAUUGUCUUUGAUACCACCUUUUCAAUGAUAUAUUUUUGUUGGAAAACACAUUUUCAUCCUCAUCCUUAUCAGUUGAGCUGACGAGUAUUCAAAUCUCCACCUAGAGCCGACAAACAAGAGUACGAGACAUUGCCUUAUACAGUAAGGACAUUUCACAUCGAUUCGAUUUAAAAACGACUUAAUUUUGUUGAGAAAUAAGAAAAGAACUCAUACUUGGCACCGCAACAAAUUAAAUGGACACAUCAACAAAAAGAGAGUGGGAUUUAUAUAGAUCCCAUAAAAGUAAAGAAAACCCCACAAAGAAGCAGGAGAGAAACAUCCUACAAGAAGGGGAAAUGAUUGGGAUAUAUGGAUGCCUGUUGGCCGAAACUGAUAAUCUAAUGCCACUGGCGGGGGGGAUUUUAAAGACAACUAUUAGAUUAGAUCGUUAAUUACAAAAGAUUUAUGGUAGCUUUAGAGAAAGAAGAAGGGGAUAAUACAAUGCACUAACUGAUUAUGCCAACAGUCACAUCCUCCCCACUACUGAAAGUGACAAAGAAAAAGGAGGGAAAAGUUGGUGCCUUAGAGCAAUGGAUAUGCAAUUCAUAGCGAUUGAAUUCUUUUUUUUUUUUUACAAUCAUUGUGGAGCAUUAGGGCUUAUAACUAAGGCAUACAAUAGAGCUAUAUCUUAUCGCGAAGUGAAACGCUUUUUGUGUAUUCUCUUUAUAUUAUAAAAUAAUCCGAUUGUAUAAUGAAUUUCAGACCACAUU